AUGGCCCAAUCUACAAUCUCAUUUGCCGGAGCAUUGAAAGACCAACUUGAUUAUCUAAUUGGAAUGUCAAUCUUCACAAAUGCGAGACCUUUUUCGUUAUUCGAUGACAUCUACCUACGCAGACUCCUCCGCAAGUUGAAUCCAGACUACACUCCACCAGAUCGACAUAGAAUCAGUGGUGAUACCCUUGGUAAAUGCUACGAACGUCAACGCAUCCUCGUCCUACAAGAACUACGGAAUACUCGCUACUUGAACAUCACUAUCAAUGAAACAACAAAUAUCACUAAUGAUCGGAUGGUCACGCUUUCUUUCAAUCUACGCGAUAAAAGUCUGUUCUACUGCCUUGAGAAUUUUGGAGACUGUGUUUUCGAUGCACAAGCUGUUGCAGAUUGGAUAUAUUCAAAGAUGGAAUCAUUUCUCGCUGCCGAAGGCAGUGUAGGUGAUUGGAACAGACUAAAUUCAUUAUCUACAGAUGCUACUGCUACAAUGAGAUCUGUCUGUCAAAUCCUCUCAGAAAAGCCCGAACUACGGCAUCUUUUCUGUAUACCAUGUGAUUCACAUGGUCUUCAACUUAUCAUUAAAGAUCUCCUCCAUCUACCUCGCAUCCACGAAGCAUUCAGUGUUGCUACUAAAAUCGUUACAUAUUUCCGAUCUUCGGCAAAGCAACUCGCAUCUCUUCGGACUUUUCAACAGCAAAUAUACUCAGAGGCACGGUCAUUACUUGCUGCAGUAAUUACUCGCCAGGGAUCACAAUAUGACAUGCUUUAUUCGAUAAAGCGUUCAAGUGAGGCAUUAAAAGCAUGGGCUGUUGCUGCCUUGUCAUCUGGAGAUGCCAAAGUAUCAAUUAUACAGAUAAUCCUAUAUCGAAAGGAUCUGUGGCUUGAGAUUGAUAACUUAUUGGCACUUCUAGAACCUCUACACAAAGCUCAGAAGGCAUCUGAAGCCCAGAAUACUGACAUCAUGAUGGUCACAAAGCGUUGGCUAGAUUUGCAGGUACAUUUCGAAGCUCAAAUAAUGGUCUCAUUAUUUGGUGAAGAUAUUCGAUCCUACUUGUUCAACGAAAACAGCAGUUGGUUUAAUCGAUUUAAUCGUCAGGUAUCACCACUUCACUGGGCUGCCUACUACCUACAUCCACAGAAUGCUGGUGAUGAUGUUCCUUUACCGAGCAAUAUUAUCAGCGCGUUGGACAAAGUAAUCGAAAAGUACGCUGGUGAGGGAGGCGUCAAUAGUUUCUACUACUUCCGCAACAAGGAAGAAGGAUUCUACGCACCAGAUAUCUGGAAGCAAAAGCGCCCACUAGAUUUCUGGCUUCGAGCAAAGGAUAUGGCCCCUGACCUUGCUCAAUUCGCUAUCCGACUCUUCAAUACAACCGCCAAUUCAGUUGCUGCAGAAAGAACAUUCGGUGCAAUGAAACUUCAACAUACAAAACUACUCAAUCAUCUCAAUCCUAAGCAAACUGAGCGACUCGUUUUCCUACACAUGAACACGCGGGCUUUAGAGGCAGCAGAGGGCAAGGGGAACAAGGAUAUCGACCUCGUUGAACCCGAUAUCCUUGAUCAGGAAGAGAUGGCAAGGACCCAGAUAUUUCAGGAUACCACUCUACUUGAUGAUCAAGUAGAAACACCACGAUCUAAUGAUCACGAGGCAGAUGCUGCUAGAUCUUUGCCUCUUGCACCUCCUCAGGUGCUUGGUAAGCGGCCGUGGGAGGCCCAAGCAUCUGAGCCAAUCCCAAAGAGGAAACUAGCAUCUGUUUGA